UGCAAAAAAGUAGCUAGCACUAGAUUUGUUUCCACUUGAAUCGCAGCUUGUCCAGGUUGUUGUUCACUUCUCUCUCUCUCUCUCUCUCACAAUGUCAAGUUCAGAAGACGAAGGAGGAGGAGGAGAAGAAUAUCUCUUCAAAGUCGUUAUAAUCGGCGACUCCGCCGUUGGUAAAUCCAAUCUCCUCUCACGAUACGCUCGCAACGAGUUCAAUCUUCAUUCCAAAGCAACAAUCGGUGUUGAAUUUCAAACUCAGAGCUUAGAAAUUGAUUCUAAAGAAGUUAAAGCUCAGAUUUGGGAUACUGCUGGUCAAGAACGUUUUCGUGCUGUUACUUCUGCUUAUUAUCGUGGUGCUGUUGGUGCUCUUAUUGUUUAUGAUAUUUCUCGCAGAACUACUUUUGAUAGCGUUGGUCGUUGGCUCGAUGAACUCAAGACUCAUUGUGAUACGACGGUGGCAAUGAUGCUGGUGGGAAACAAGUGUGAUUUGGAUAAUAUAAGAGAUGUGAGUAUUGAAGAAGGCAAAAGUCUUGCGGAAUCAGAAGGUUUGUUUUUCAUGGAAACCUCUGCUUUGGACUCAACAAAUGUGAAGACAGCUUUUGAGAUGGUUAUCAGAGAGAUAUACAACAAUGUUAGCAGGAAGGUCCUCAACUCAGACACUUACAAGGCUGAACUAUCUGUCAACAGGGUCAGUCUUGUCAACAAUGGCAACUCUACAUCCAAGCAAAGCAAAGGCUAUUUUUCUUGCUGUUCCUGAAUUUGGUUUUUAUUGGUUUUGAUGAAUUAAAAUUGAAUUGGGUUGGCUUUUUCUUGCAUGGAAUAUCUUUGAAUAGUUUUUGGAUUACAUUACAACCACAAAAGACUAUAUAUAGCAAUGGAAAUUUUAUAUAUCUUCAAUUUUAAGUAAACGGGUUUCAAUUGUAUAAUUUGGGGGGUACAGAGAGAUUGUAAUUUCAGUUAAUGAAGUGAACAUUCAUUUAUGUCAUGUUUAGUGUUUUCUUAGACAUGAUUGUUGUUCUUGAUUAAUCGGUGGUAUAAUUUACAAGUUUCUCAGUUGCCUAUUGUUUGUCAAUGUUACAUUCAAGGUUUGCUAGAGAAUUUGCAUGUACUGAAUUUUUUUGUACAUGGUCAAUGGUCAACGAGAAAGAAGUUGGUUUUA